CGCUACCUUCGGGCCAAUCGGGAGGGUACCUUCUGGGCAGUGGGGAAUCUUGUCGCGCAGUGAUGACGGCAUCGUUCGCCUUUCCCGGAAGCGGAAGGAGGGUGGGAUGGAGAAGACGCUGGCGGGGCAGGUUUGGGGCUGGGGCCCGUCAUAGUGGGGUGGGGAUGGCCGGUGCCCGGGGUGGCUCCGCCUUUCUUCAGGGCGCCGGCGAGCGCGCUUUGGCUGAGCUGCUGCUAGAGUUCUCCAGGGCGCAGUACCGGGCCCGGGACGGUGGUGGUAGCGGCGGCACAUCUGCAGGAGGGGGAGUCGGAGGAACUGGCAGUAAUACCAAGGUAGAGCAAAUUGAGAAAUGCUGCCUUGAGUUGUUCAGCAAGGACUAUUGCUUCAGCCUGAUCAACAAUGUGAAUGGUGAACUCUGCAGCCAUUACCCUCGCUUGAUAGUCUUCUUAGAAUAUGAGAGCACUGAUCAAGAGAGACACACAUUUGAGAGCACUGUCCAAGUCGGCAAGCUGCAAGACCUCAUCCACCGUAGUAAAAUGGCCAGGUGCAGAGGGCGGUUCGUCUGCCCCGUUAUCCUGUACAAGGGAAAGCAUAUAUGUCGAUCAGCCACCCUGGCAGGGUGGGGGGAACUUUAUGGCCGCACAGGAUACAACUACAUUUUCUCAGGGGGCUCAGACGAUGCCUGGGCAGACACAGAGGAACUGUCGGAAGAGGACUCUGCUUUCAGAAAUGCAGACUCGCAGCUGUUUGACAAGGUCCGAGGUCAUGACAUCAAGCUCUUGCGGUAUCUGUCGGUUGCCUACAUCUGUGACUUGAUGGUGGAGAACAAGAAAGUGAAGUUUGGCCUGAACGUGACAUCUUCCGAGAAGGUGGAUAAAGCACAGCGCUAUGCCGACUUCACCCUCCUCUCUAUCCCAUACCCAGGCUGUGAAUUUUUCAGGGAGUACAAAGAGCGGGAUUACAUGGCGGAAGGGCUCGUUUUUAACUGGAAGCAGGAUUAUGUAGAUGCUCCUCUCAGCAUCCCACCCUCUCUCACCCAGCCAUUGAACAUUGACUGGAGUGAGUAUCAGAGCUGGGACCUGGUGCAGCAGACACAGAACUACCUGAAGCUUCUGAUCUCCAUUAUUAAUGGUGACGAUGACAGUGGGCUCCUGGUACACUGUAUAUCCGGCUGGGACAGGACGCCUCUCUUCAUCUCCCUCCUGCGCCUCUCCCUGUGGGCUGAUGGACUGAUCCACGCAUCCUUGGAACCUGCAGAGAUUCUUUACCUGACCGUGGCCUAUGACUGGUUCCUCUUUGGGCACAUGUUAGUGGAUCGGCUCAGCAAAGGAGAGGAGAUUUUCUUUUUCUGCUUCGAUUUUCUGAAGCACAUCACCUCUGAGGAGUUUUCUGCCGCUAAGCAACUGAGAAGGAAGAGUCUGCCGCCUGGAUUUACUUUGGAAGAGAUCUAUAUGCUAAAACAGAGGGAUCGGGGCGGCAGCACCACCAGCCUGAGCAGUGACUUCUCUCUUGUGAUGGAGAGUUCACCUGGGGCUGCAGGGAGUUUCACCUAUGAAGCAGUGGAGCUGAUGCCUGCAGGGUCCCAAACACAAGCUGCUUGGAGGAAAAACUGUGCAUCAUCCCCUCAGGCAGUCCUGUGGAAUCGGACGCCGCAGCCUGAGGACAGGCUGCCUCUCCAGAGUGUGCAUGAAGGAAGAUCCUCCAGCUCCUCUUCUUCCAACCACUCGGAGAACUUCUCAAGGCUGGGCAGCAGCCCUCUGGAAGUACCCAAAGCCAGAUCUGCUGACCAUUCUCUGCCUGGAUCCUCCAUCUCUACCGACUUUGGCAGCUGGCAGAUCGUAACAGGGAGUGGCAGUAUACAGGAGCAGGCAGACUCCUCCCUGCCUUCCAGCUUCCCGGAUGAACUCCCUAACAGUUCCCUGCUGGUGACGCUGACGGAGAGGGAAUCCCGGCUGGAGGGAGUGCGUUCGGCAUUCUUGGCUGCCUAUAACAGCACAGUGGGCCUGAAGCCUGUGUCGCCUAGCCCCUCGGGAGCCAUCGGUGGCCUUCUGGAGCAGUUUGCCCGUGGUGUUGGACUACGAGGAAGCAGUGUCCUUUGACACUUCCUCCCACCACCACCCAUCUGGGUUGCUUUCUAGUCUGAAAGGUGAAGGAACGUAGAAGCCAUGAGAGCCCAAAUGCCAGCUUCUGCUCUGGGCCGGAGCCCUCUGGCCAUGUUCUCCUCUCUCCGCUGCCUGACUGCCAGCCCUUCUGGGUCUAUCUCUGACUGAAUGACUCACUGGUUGCAGCCUCAGCUGCCUUGGGACGGGGUUGGUUUCCACUAGAAUGGUGUUGUGGGAAGGGGAGCAGUUUUUCCCACCCAUGCAGAUUUGACUAGCUCUGACAAAUCGCCACAGUAAAAUGUGUCAAACAUC